GAGAAUUUCGAAUGUGAUCGUAGCAGUCAGCGGGCGGCUAGAGAAGGUGCCGGAGACUUGCGGGGCCUGGAACUCACGGCGCGCACGGCAGACAGCCUCGCGGAGCCUUGGAAUGUGAGGAGGAAGGCUACAGCUGUGGCAGAAACCGUGGCCAAGUCCUUACAGGCAGAAGAUGGCCAAGGAAAGAUGCCUUAAAAAGUCCUUUCAAGAUAGUCUUGAAGACAUAAAGAAACGAAUGAAAGAGAAAAGGAAUAAAAACUUAGCAGAGAUUGGCAAACGAAAGUCUUUGAUAGCUGCACCAUGCCAAAUAAUCACCAACACUUCUACACUGCUAAGAAACUACCAAGACAACAACAGAAUGUUGGUUUUAGCUUUGGAAAAUGAAAAAUCUAAAGUGAGAGAAGCCCAGGAUAUCAUCUUACAACUGAGGAGAGAGUGUUACUACCUUACCUGUCAGCUGUACACACUGAGAGGAAAACUUACUUCACAACAGACGGAAGAACCUGCUCAGGACCAGGAAGUAUGUCCCUCUGGACUGGACCCCAAUAGUGACAACAACACCGGGGAUUUGAUUGUGACAGAUUUACCGCAAGUUCCUCUUCAGGACGCUGACUUUUCAAGACAAGGAGAAUCGUUCCAAACAGAAGAGCAAACACUUACUAUUUCUCAAGACAGACUAAGAUUUGAUUUGGAUUCAGGUGAAGACAAGUCAGCAGAUCAUAUAUUACCUAGAACUGUAUCUCUUCGUCGCAGUCUGAAGAAACACGUUAAUGCUCCAAGUCAGUUCGAUGCCUUGGAUGAUUUUGGAAUCAGUUAUUUGUCCAAACAGUCUUUGGAAUUGGAAAGAAUUGGAUUUGUAGACCCACUUGCGAACGUGCGCAUACUUGAAAAUGUAGGACAAAAUGUUUGUCAGUGGACUAAGGAUGCAAUUAACUCAUCACCAAAGCUAAUUCACCCAGGACAAUCUACUAAAACAAAAGAAGACAUUUUAGAUAAAUCUGAACAAACUAAAAGUAAGCACGGAGAUGCUCAAAGAAGAAAAAGAGAAGAGAAAAGAAAAGCUAACCGGAGAAAAUCAAAAUCUGUGUCAAAGUAUAAAGGUAGCAAAAGUGAAAAUAAAAAAACUGUUUCCAAAAAACAGUUGGAAAAAUCUGUCACCUCCAAUGAUGCUUACAAUUUUAAUUCGGAAGAGGGUGUUCAUCUCACUCCUUUCCGACAAAAAAUGAGCAAUGAUUCCAAAAGAGAAGAAAACAGCUAUGAAUCUGAAGUCAGCACCUGUGAAUCAAGUGGUUCAGGAGAUGAUUCUGAUGACCUCUAUUUGCCCACGUGCAAGUACAGUCAAGAUCUCACUGGUGAAGCACAUAGGAGUCCAGUCACCAGGCCUCGAUCUAAAAGAGCACUGAAACCUAAGGAUGAGAAGGAGACAAAAGGUCCUAAGCCAACAAAAUCUCCCACUAGCGCACUACCUGAAACUCACCAGUCAUCUCACUUUAGCCUGAAGGACAUCACCAAUGUCCCCUUGAAUCCUGCAGCGAAAACCAGAAAACUUUCUCUUUCUCCAAAAAAUAAAGUAGAAAGCCCACCAUUGUCUCUGCGUAAGCGUAGGUGCACAGCCAGUGUGAACUAUAAGGAACCCACGCUCGCUUCGAAACUGAGAAGAGGGGACCCUUUUACAGAUUUGUGUUUCUUGAAUUCGCCUAUUUUCAAGCAGAAAAGGGAUUCCAGACGCAGUUCUAAAAAAAAAAAUAUGAAGCAAAUACAAUGAAGCGUCUGUCAGAUGCUAUUUAAAUUCAUCCUACAUCACCCUCUCUGGCUCCAAGAGAGAAUCUGUAAGAUACAUCCAAGUGGAUUGAACUACUGCCACAGAAUAUUCUCUUGAGAAGACUCUAGACUCUAGAUCAUGAACAUUUCUUCAAAACGAUACUUCAAAUGUGAUUUUUUUCUUAAACCUUUAAUACAUUUUUUUCUUUUAAAUAUAAAUAAUGGGACUUAAGCACUGUAAUAGUUUAGAUUUCUUGUACUGCCUAAAAAUUUUAAUUUUAGUCAAAAUAUAUCUUACACCAGCAUUUGGAAGUUAAUAAUGUUUAAUCAAAUUAAGAUGUUUUGAUUAAAAGGCAUCUUGAUUUUUUGAAGACCGGCUGAGGAUCAUUUGAAACUCCUUAUAUAAUAUUUGAAUAAAAUAAAUCCUUGACAUUCACUGUAGGGCAUACCCUAAGCUGUUUGUGGAUCCCUUAUACAAAUGGUAUCAUUGUUGUAUUUGAUUUUUCAUAUAAAAUAUGUAUGAGAUCAUGAUUAGAGAAGUGAUGGUUGCUUAGGCUCAGGGACCAGGUAAGUGACUAGCUCUGAAUCCUCAGGCCUAGUUGUACCUUGUGCAAAGUGAUGCCUCAGCAAAAUCACAAAUGAAUUUGUCAUGGCCUUUCAGGGUAGUUCCUUGUUUGGUCAGAAGUGCCAAAUGUAUGAAUUCGAAGGGCUUUUUUGUAUUUUUGAUCACAUUCCUAAGUCCAGGGCAGUGUGGUACUGCCACAGGAGUGAGGGACGUUCGGACUCAAGGAAGACAUGAUUUGCUCAAGCUAGGUCCUUGGAUGAAGUGAAGCCAGUUUGCAAACAAACAAACCUGGUACCAGGAUGUAGAGUAGGCUGUGGUCAGAGCCAGAAUGGGUCUGGCUUAGAUUAAACUCUGCUCCAGCCUAACAAGGAAAAACCAGCUGAUUUGGGGUCCUUAACUUUGCUUUUAGGUCCUGAUAUGAUUUAUUUUCCCCAGCCCAAGGUUGUUAAUUAUAGAAUCAAAUUUUAAGUAUUAAAAAAAGGGGAGCUCAGUGGUAAUUAAUUCAGUACUGAGAGUUUGAAGCCUACACUUGUAUAUAUCUCUUUAAACUUUAAAGUUUUUCAUUUGUAAAGAGCAAUAAAGUUUGUAUAAGAUA